AUGUAUGUGAAAUGGUUUGAUACAGUAAUGUAAUACUAUCAGAUUUUAGUGUAUUUAGUGAAUGUCACUUUUUGUCAUUUUCAAAUUUCCCGUUGUUCCGUCCCCCAAACGUCCUGACGUCGCAGGGGAUGGAACCCAGAUGACAGAUGCCGGCAUCUGCCGGAGAACAUUGCCGGGGACACUGCAGCGGGGACAUCGCGGGAGCGCAGGACAAGGUAAGAGAAGAAGAGAUCCCGGAGCAGCGCUGCAGUGUAUUCCUGAGUGUAGCUCGGGUUUACCGCUUGUGCUACACUCAGGAAUACCGCCAGGGAGGUUA